AUGUACAUCGUAUUAUCGUUUAAAUAUAUAUAUAUAUAUAUAUAUAUAUAUACUAGUGUAAUUGGAUCGAUCACAACAUAUCCAUCAUUUCACAUCGCCUAUUCUAUAUUCAAUAUUUAUCUAACAAUGUUAAACGAAGAAUAUUCAAAUAAAACUGAAAAACGAAAAACAAGCAAAAAAUCGACUUAUGAAAAAAAGAUGAAAACAAAGAAAUGCAAUUGCCGUAGUGGAUGUUCAAAACGUUCUUGUUAUUGCAAUAAAUCUAAUCGUGGAUGUGAUUCCUCAUGUGGAUGUGGCUCAUCUUGUCGAAAUUUAUUCAAUCAUCUUGAUUAUUUCUUCGGUGAAGAUAGUAAAUGUACUGCACAUCCUUGCUUUGUCGAUUGGCUUGUAAAAAAUGUUAAAACUGCUGACGGAUUACAAAAUAUCGACCGUGAAGCAUUACAACGAAAGAUAAUGAACUGUGGCAGAUUUUCAGAAUUAUCAGAUGAUGAAGAUUUUCAAAAGUGGUCGAAAAAAUGGAAUCGAAUUGAAGUCAAUGAAAAAUUAGGUCACAUGCAAAAAUUCUUUCGAAUGCUUCUAUCAGAUGAUGCAACAGAGCAUUAUUAUUCAUUCUGUAAUAAUGAUCUUGCAGAAGAUGAUUGCGAUUGGCAUUGUACUCUUUGUAAAACAUGUCGCGAUUGGCGUGAAUGGCAUUGUGACGGUUGUAAUAAAUGUGCAUAUGGUACAACUUUACCAUUUUGUCAAAUUAUUAAUGGAUAUGAUACGUCUCAUGAAACAUUAAAAUCAUUUCAAUAUUCUAAAAUAUUAUUAAAAUGUCUUGAAUAUGAACCAAAUAUGUAUCGUCUUAUUUAUUUUACUGCUAAUUAUUUAUCAUCACAAUAUCGUAUAGAUAUUCUAAAUAUUAUUUGUCAAACAUAUACAGAUAAUAUUGAACAAGGAAUUGAAUCCAAUAAAGAUUAUUCUCAGUCAGAAAGUCGAAUUGUUGUUGCGAAAUUAGCUGUUCAGCAAGGAAAAUCUUGA